UAACGGAGUAUAUGCUAAAUUAGUCUCCGCACGGCGAAAAGAAAACACAAACUCUGUUCACCGGUUGUUCGACCUUACUCAUACAGUAGUAAUGUUGCAGCUGUUGUUCGUCGUGGUGAAAUCGGAAUUACUCGGGCUGAUCAAUCAAUGACGCAGUCCCGGUUGCCCGUAUCGUUCCGCACUCAAGUCCAAGUCUCCACGCCAGGACGGCUCCCCCCGAUCGGGCGCCACCGUCGCGAAAGGCAACAAGAGCAAGCUUUAAUACCUCACACUAAUACAACAAUGAAGAUCCUCACCCAGGAAGAAAUCGACGGCCACACCAACGCUAGCAUCCGCGGUGCAACAGAAGGCGCACUUCUAAGCGCAGCCGUCGCUAUCCCCGGUUCACUACUGCUUAACCGUCGAUGGGCAUCCUACCGGGCACUCCCUCUACCUUUAAAGGUUAUGGGUACCGUCAUGGUGAUCGCGCCUUGCAUAUCCAUUCAGGGUGAAAGACGUGGUCUAGAAUUCGAUCGUGCACACUGGACUGGCGCAGGUAAAAUGGAACUGGACAGAGAAGCAGCAGUGGAAGAAGCACGAUGGCAAGCUCUGACAAUGAAAGAAAAAAUCGGUGACUGGGCAACACGACACCAGUAUAGCAUCAUUCUUGGAAGCUGGGUUCUAUCAGUGGCAGUCGCUGGCACCAUUAUCUCUAGAGAUAGACAUCAGACGUUACCCCAAAAGAUCGUUCAAGUGCGUAUGUGGGCACAGGGCUUGACUAUUGGCGUCUUGAUUGGCGCUGGUAUCCUUACGCACAAUCAGCGCCAAGCCGCCCUCCAGCGCCGGCCGGUUGACCACUCGUGGCAAGCCUUGCUUACAGAGCAAGCAAGAGAGAAGGAGGAGCAAACAAGGGCGCAUCUCAACGCUCCGAAUGCCUCCUACCCUCUAUAGAGUGCUCGCACUUGUUACCCACCCAUAGACGGAUACAUUCAUCUCAUCAUCUCAUGAUUAUAUAUCUACCUUGCAACCAAGGUUUCUGGAGUCAGUUCACAAUUACUUCAUUUUUCGUUCCUUGGGUCGAUGGUUCUAAGUUGGAAAUAUGUGCUCAGCCGACGCUUGACUCCAUGCUUCAAAGUUUGAACUAUAUAUUCCACGUAUGGUGCAGAUAGUGACAGUGUCAUUCGCAGCUUCUACUUGUGGGUUUGCUAGUUCGAAUAUUCCAUGACGCUAUCUCACAUUCAAUUAUGACCAUGGACA